AUGUCUGACGAAGACCAAACAUUCGAAUCCGCAUCCUCUGGUGCAUCCCACACCUAUCCAAUGCAAGCUGGUAACUUGAAGAAGGGAGGAUAUGUCGUCAUCAAGGACAAGCCAUGCAAGAUCACUGAAGUUACCACCUCAAAGACUGGUAAGCACGGUCACGCCAAGGCCAACAUUACUGGUAUUGAUAUCUUCACCGGAAAGAAGUAUGAAGACGUUUGCCCAACUUCUCACAACAUGCCAGUUCCAAACGUUACCAGAAAUGAAUAUCAAGUUAUCGAUAUUUCAGGUGAAUAUGUUUCCAUCAUGUUGGAAGAUGGUUCCACCAGAGAUGACCUCAAGUUGCCAAACGAAACUGAAGAAGAUAAGACUCUUGCUGAAAAGAUCAAGGCUGCAUUCGAUGAAGGUGCAGAAUUCAACGUCAUUGUCAUGAGUGCAAUGGGUGUUGAGAAAAUCGUCGAAAUGAAGUUGUAA